GAGCUUUCAUAAUUAGUUUACUUAAGGAAAUGUCAAAUGGCAGAGAAAAGACACCUCUGUUGUUGAAGGACGAUAACAUACGAGCACUUUUCUCGAUGUUGGAUCUUGCCGGAUAUGGAUACGUCACAAAAAAGCAAUAUGAAAAUGUUCUGAAGCUAGUUGGAGUCCGGGAACACGUGAGAACAUCGCCUAGUGUGAAAAGUGAUUCUGACAUAUUAUCUUUGUCUACAUUUGUAGAAGCUGUGAAAGCUGAACCACCUGAAUAUUCUCAUGUAUAUCCACUGGGAAAUGGCAGGUAUAUUGUGAUUGUUCUAUUUAAUGAUGAAGUGAAGAUACACAUUCGUCAAUAUAGAGACUAUGGUAAUGGCACAUCAUACCCUACCAAAGAAGAUGUAACAUUUACAAAUGUUGAAAGCCAAGAAUUUACAUAACUGAUACCAUCAAUGACUAAAGCCAUACAUUUGAAAUACAGUGACUUUGGUCUGGAUCAUUCUAAACGUAAUAUUAGUGAUGUAUGUAUGUAUAUUAUAAACUGAACAUGUAACCCCUGUCAUACAAAAGCUUAGAAAGGAGAAUUGCUGGGCUUCCAAAGUCAAUUAUUCCAGUCAAGCUGCUCAUACAUGCAUGAUGUUGGAUCAUAAUGAAAAUAUCUGGCUAUAUGUGAGGACUGCUUUGACUGAAAUGGAUACAAACAUUUUAUUAGAUGUGUUUCAAGAUAGAGCUAGCGAACUAAAUGUACAUGAUUAUAAGAAUUUAAAUUCCAUUGAUUUUGUUGAAAGUAGGGAAUUCAUUCAAGAACUGCCUGACUUCCUAAGUAACUGUAUUCUAUAUCUGUAUGACAAAUAAAAUAUUUUCAAGAGA